AUGAGGCCUUUCCUCUGUCGAUUCCCGGGCCUGAAACCAUUUCUCCUUUCCAUCAUCGUUGUAUUCACAUUUGCUUCCAAAAUUUUGCAUCUUUUCCAGCAUCGGCGGACUGUUCAAGGUUCAUCCUUUUUACUAUAUCUACCCACCUUUUUUCUAACCGAUUUCCUUGUUUCAAUCAUUGCAUGUCUGGCGUUGUCGAAGCUUUCUGGGUCUUUGGGUAUUGCUGGAUUCGCUAUUGUUACUUUCAUAGGUGUCGUUGACGUUGGUGCUGUCUCGUCACAAUUUGGGUUUUUCUAUGUCACUGGUGCCGAGGUGCGGUGGAAUGCUGCAUCCACCCUCGCGUCAGAUAAAGCAGGAUUCAAACUGCUGUUGAGCGGAUUGAUGCCUUUCUUUGCUUUCAGCACGCUGCUUCUUACUCUCAGCUGGAUAUUGGCACCGCUGAUCACUUUCAUCCUCGGUUCAUGGCUUAAUGCUGAUGGCAAUGCAUUCGUCGGGCUCUCGCUUCGCUCUCGCCAAUGCCUUCCUCUCACCAACAAGCCCAAGGAACCUAGACGGCGGAAAUAUUUGGCGCUGUCUAUUUCCCUGAUUGCGUUAUUCAUUAUCCUAGGCAUCAACGUAUACCGACCACAAGUGCCAUACGAUCACAUGUCCGGAACAAUACCGUUCACACUUGCAGCGGCGUUUCAAAAACAGAACUCGAUUUGUCUUUCAGACCAACAACUCUUCCCGUUGUCCGAUUUAGUGGCACCGAACUUGUGGGAACCCGAGAACGGUCGAUAUAAGGGUUGGAAACCCGGUUCUCAACCAUCUGCAGUCGACUCGGCCACCCUAAAGGCACCACCAUGGGCUCCCGAAAGCUGGCCCGCGGGUUUUGGAAGGUGGAUGAAAGUAUAUAACUCAACACAGGAUACCUUACUAGCUAUGAGCGGUGUUGUAUGCCCCGGGGGUAAUCUAUAUAAUACAUACGACCCCGUGCUAGAUCCCAUGCGAAUAACCAACUUGGAUCUCGAUGUGCUGGCUCCGGUCCAGGAAGCGUUGAGAGAUCACGCAGUCCCAAUCAAACACGUCUUUCUGAUCGAGAUGGAAAGCGCACGAAAGGAUGUAUUCCCCCUGAAAGCGAGUUCGCACCUGUACCAACAAAUCAUAGACGCUCACGAACCAGCGAAUGAGGAGGAUCUUUAUGAACUCAAUUCCAGACUGGCUGCCAUGACGCCGGUUGCCGAACAAAUCACUGGGGAAUCUGGAAAUUUCAACCUGAGAUCAGACCAACUACGAAAUAACCUUACCGCUGAUUCAUGGAAGGAUCCGUCAGCGCCAGGAAUGGGUGGUAUAAACGUCGUUGGUGCACUGACCGGAAGUAGUCUCUCUUUCAAGAGCCUUGUGGGUAGUCACUGUGGCGUGGGUCCUAUUCCCGUGAAUUUUAUGUUUGAGAUCGAGGCUGAGGUUUAUCAACCAUGUAUUAUGCAUAUCCUAAAGCUAUUCAACCAACUCAAAAAGGAAGGUCAGAAUGAGGCGACAGGAAUGCGCUCACAAAAGUGGAAAUCGGUCUUUCUACAAUCAGUCACUGGAGAGUUUGAUAAUCAGGUUCAGUUGAGCCUGCAAAUGGGAUUUGAAGAAUCUAUUUUCAAAGAGAAUAUUAGCACUGCAUCUGCAAAGCACUGGCAUAACGGCAUGAAAGAGAUUAAUUAUUUUGGGUAUGAGGAACCGGAAAUUUACCCCUAUCUCAAAGAUACCAUACAAUACGCCAAUGCGAAUGGAGAAAGACUGUUCCUGACGCACUUCACGAGCACUACACACCAUCCCUGGGGACUUCCGGCAGGCGUUGAAGUUGAGGAUUACUGGCCUCGCAACGGUUUUGCAUCAGCACACGAGGCCAUGAAUAAAUAUCUCAAUUCCGUGCGUUAUGUCGACAAAUGGCUUGGUAAUGUCCUUGGGCUUAUUGAAGAGACUGGAAUCGCAAACGAGACGUUGAUAGUUUUCGUGGGUGAUCACGGACAAGCCUUUGAGGAAGAUCACCAUGUUACUGGUACGUUUGAGAAUGGCCAUAUCAGCAAUUUUCGAGUCCCUAUAGUGCUCCGUCAUCCGCUACUUCCCCGUCUUGAGGUGCACGCCAAUGCAACGUCGAUGUCUGUCGUACCCACAAUCCUGGAUCUACUGAUCAACACGAAUUCCCUGAACGAUGUGGAUAAGGAUGUUGCGUCUGAUUUAAUUCAGGAAUACGAAGGUCAAUCAUUAUUAAGACCUUACAAAAACAGUCACAACGGUCGACAAGCGUGGAAUAUGGGUAUCAUCAACACCGGAGGCACGAUGUUAAGCGUAGCGUCAGCAGCUGCGCCUUACCGACUUGUGCUCCCCUUAACCCGAGAUUUCACGUAUGCCUUUUCGGAUCUGUCAAAAGAUCCGCAUGAGACUGAUCUUUUGGAAGACUGGGAUUUUUAUUCCCUGGUUCAUACCGUCAAAAGAAAGCAUGGCCAUGAUGCAGCACACUGGCUGAAGGAUGCUGAGAAAGUAGCGAGAUGGUGGGUGAAUGAGAGAAAGCGACUUUGGAAUUACCAUGAGGGAUGA